UGAUGAUUCUUCUGUCUCUGUAAACACUUUUUCUGCUUAGUCACUGUUAUUGUAACUUUCUAUUGUAUAUAGAAGAAUAAAUACAAUUAUAUUCUUUCUCUAUAGAUAUUUAUUAUUCUUCAUUUUCUUCAUUUAUAGUUUCAGUAAUUUUUUACCAUUAAAAAUAAUUCAUAUAAAUAAUUUUCCUUAAUAAGUUCACCUGUAAAUAGAAAUUUUCUGCUCUAUUCCAGUUUUCAAUUCCAUCAGACAAUGCAGUUAAGUGAAGAUUUUCUCUGUAGUAUUGAAGAAUGUGUUAUUCAUUCUUUAUGUCUGUGGUAUUUUGCUACAUUCUACUUUGCAUAUUUGAAUGAAGUUGUAUUUCUUUCUGUUUAUGUACUGUACUUGUGUUAUCUUCCUUCUGAAUUCUCCCAUCCCAUAGAAUCACAGCCUCUAUGGUGGAUGGACUUCUCUUCCCAGUCAACUUUCGCUAUUGAAGGAUUUCGCCAUGGCAUCUCCCAAGAGUGAGGAGACAGAAGCGCGUUGGCUCCCUGAAUUACCAGACGGCGCACAUCAGCGUACUAUCGACCCCAGGGGCGAUCUGAUUCUCGUUUCAAACUGUCCUGAUACAUGCCUCUUCAAAGUGUCAUCAAAUGUUCUCUGCUUGGCCUCUAAGGUCUUCCAAAAUCUGCUCAUAUGCAAUGAAUCUCAGCGACCAGCUACUACCCUCGAAAUAGGCAUCGCUUUUACCACAGAUGCCAUAGAGAUACUGCUUAGAAUCAUUCAUCUUCAGAUGAGGUGCAUCCCGGAACGACUACCACGCAUGCACCUGCUAGAUAUUGCACGCUUGGUUGACUGCUAUGAAAUGCAGGAUUCUUUGGGCCCUUUUCUGGAGCUUUGGAUCAAUAAUUCUUUCUACAUAACUUACGCCAUGGCCGACGAGGGGAGUGCCUUGGACUGGCUUUACAUUAUGUUCGUGUUUGAUGAGCACUUUUAUUUCACAAUGGUAGCUUCGCACCUCAUGUGGACUAGUACCGGGAUUGAUUUGGAAGAUGCCCCUGAAGGCUUUCGGUCUGUUCUCGAUGAGAUUAGAUGUGAACGUGACUUUUAUCUCCAGUCGUGGCUAAAUUCUAUCCAUAAGGAUUAUAAGGCCUACGUCGGUAGUUCUAAAUGCCAAAACCGCACUUGUACGGCCCAGGAAUUUGUCGUCGGUUACUUCACAAGGCUUUUGGAGAAAUAUCAACUUCUAUGUCCUCCCCAGCCACCGUACAAGGGUGUCACAUUGAACGCCGUGUCCAGAAUUUUCAUUGAAUUUCGGGAAGGCCUGGAAGAAGCUCCCCCAUGCCCUAUGGGAAACCGUCAUUAUCGCGUUAUGGAAGAGCGGCCACAGUCCAAAGACUGCAAGUUGUUCAAAAUUGAAAAUUUUAAGCCGUAUCGGCCUCAUGCCCUUAUACCAUUUUAUGGCCCGUAGUACGCCAUUCUUCUUGUUCUACGGAGGCUCCGGGUAAUCAAAUGCUGACAUUUUUUAUUUCAUGGCUGAUCCUGCUCCGGGCAUCUUUCCUGUUUUCCUUCAGCACUGCAAACCUUGUCAAUGUUUCAACACUUUGAAUAAAUCACCUGUUGUUCUCGUGCCGCAUAGGUGCUGCUGCAUUGAUGUUUCUUCGGGCAAGCCACUGUAAUGUUUGUUGAUUUUGAGGUGUAAUGUAAUACUGUGUGUUUUUGUCCGUCCAUAGCUAGUUAGGGUGCAAUAAAGAUGAGCUACUCUGGCAAAGAUAAUAGUCUUAAUACUUAAUAUUCACUCAUGGAGAAGAAAGUUGCCAAUGCUUACAAAUGUUGAGGUGCCACAUUUAUAAUCACA